AUGGCGGAUGCGCUUCCCAUCGGAUAUCGAUUUUGUCCGUCCGAGGAACAACUCUUCUAUUGCCUAGCGCGCAGGGUGAGAGGGGAUUCGGUGUUUCCCGAAUUCAUCCGCGAGUUCGACGUGUAUGAGAAGGAGCCGUGGGAAUUCUACGACGAGAACGCGGAGAAAAGCUUGUACGUCUUCACCAAGCUUAAGAUGAAGAAGUCUAGAGUGGAAAGAACGGCGGGUUUGGGAUGCUGGAAGGGGGUGAAAACCACCGACAUCAAAAAUUGCCAUGGCGAUGUCCUUGGUCACAAGAGACACUUCAACUUUAAAGUGAAAGAUAGCUCCUCUUCCGAUAGCCAAAACACCGGCAAAGGAUCUUGGAUUAUGCACGAGUACUCCAUGCCAAACCAAGAAAUUGUUCUGUGCAAAAUCAUAUUUAAAAAGGAAAAAAGCGAUGGAAAACAAGGUAAGACGCUAGUUAUCGGCAUGCCGAUCAAAAUCGGAGAAAAUCGUGGACUUAAGAAUUCUUCCCACUUCAUCAACAAAAUCGAUGCGCCUCACCAAGACAUUGGCAUGGAACCGUCGAAGACGAUGUGUCUCGGUCCUCACGUUAAGCGGCAACGAUUGUAUUGCACGGGUUCAAAGGAGGACGUCUUGGCUUUGGCAUCUCGCCCGUGCUUAGCAAUCUCUACACAUACCAUGCCGGGUGCUAAGGAUUCCGUCGGCGGAGGAAGAAGGCCAAUGGAGCAAACCUUCACGGACAAUGCAACAUCCAACGGAAUUGCAAAUUUACUUGCAUCCACAAUCAUGGAAGAGGAUACCGAUGAUGGUGAUGGCUGUCAAUGGAUACUUAAAGCCAUUAGUUUUGAUUAG